AUGCGGAUCGAGAUCGCCCUCGACCCGAGCACCAGCCCGCACAAGCAGCGCGCGACCAAGGCGCAGAUCUUGGCCGAGCUCGAGCACGUCCGCGAGAGCUGCAAGUACUGGAACAGCCUCAUCUGGACCGUGCGCAUGUUCGAGGCCGUCAUCGCCCGAACCCGACUCGGCCCGGUUGGCGCGAACGGCACGUCGUUGUCGCCUAAUGGGUCUUCAGAGGCGGAGGUGGACGAGGAGGCGGCGUCUGUGAGUCACAACGGGGUAGGUCCCGGCGGCGGUGGUGGUGAGGGUGGUGGAGGCAACGCCUCACAUCGUAGGAUGGAGCAAGCGCCCAACGACCUGCUCGAAGGCGUCAGGGACCUCGACGCCGGAGCCCAAGUUACCGACGACGUCUUUGGCAUCUUGCCCGUCACCGACGACUAUGACUGGCUCGAAGGCCUCUUUGGAGCGCCACGCAGUGACGUUGGGGACCCGGCAGUCGUCUUUUAG